UUCUAUUCUGUUGAUGCCCUAAACAAGUAAGGCAGAUUUAUACAGGAAAAAAUGGUGACGACUUGUUUUUGUUCUCUUUCAUGCAGGACAUGAUAGGUAGAACAGAAUUCUGUGCUUCAGGACAGAUACCUAUGACCUACCUAAGCUGGUUUGCUUACAUGCUGGAAGAAUGGACUGGUGUGGAGUACCUGGAGAAGUACUUUUUUCAUGUAGUCAUUUUUGCACUGAUGAUGAGUGCAAUACUGUUUUUUUUUAUAGUUCCUUUAACAAUCGUAUUUUUCAUUUACCUUGCUAAUAUUUUGCUUUUAAUAUAUCAGAGGAACAGUGAGGUAAAAGCAGAUCCCUUGAGUGAUGUUUGGGAUAAUGCACGGAAAACUUUGGCAAGCUUCUGGGAUAUAUGUGCAAGAGUAUGGCAUGGUUACGAACUUCAUGGUGUGGAAAACCUACCAGAAGGCGCAGGCAUUCUUGUGUAUUACCAUGGAGCCAUUCCUAUAGACCACCUUUAYUUUUUAUCUAGGCUCUUUCUCUGGAAAAAAAGACUCUGUAUGUCCGUAGCCGACCAUUUUGUCUUCCGUUUGCCAGGAAUUAAGCUGUUAUUGGCAGUGUCUGGUAUUAUGCCAGGCACCAGGGAGGAGUGUCUCAGCGCGCUGAGGAAGGGGCAUCUGGUGUCCAUCUCACCUGGYGGGGUUAGAGAAGCACUCUUCAGCGACGAAAGCUACCAGCUCAUGUGGGGGAACCGAAAGGGUUUCGCUCAGGUGGCUAUAGAUGCAAAAGUGCCCAUCAUUCCAAUGUAUACUCAAAAUGUCCGGGAAGCAUAUAGGAUGUUUAAAGAAACAAGAUUUUUAAGACAGUUAUAUGAAAGCACUCGACUGCCGUUUACUCCACCAUACGGAGGGAUUCCUGUAAAGUUUCGCACUUAUAUUGGAGAACCAAUUCCUUAUGAUCCAAAUAUAUCCACAGAGGAAUUAGUUGAGAAGACAAAGACUGCAGUCCAGGCUCUAAUAGACAAGCACCAAAGAAUCCCCGGCAGCAUUUGGAAGGCCUUACUGGACCGAUUUGAUGCGAAGAAGAAAAGUGAUUAGAGUGCUCAUGGUUAUUUAAUUGCCAUACAGCAGGGAUGACUAUGAAUUGUUUUUUAACCAGUUUCACUUACAAGCUUCUGUGGAUUCAUCAGAGGAAAAUCAUUGAUGUCUUGUAGGUUCCCCUAUAUAUGUCUCUUUGAAGACAUUAUUAAGUCUGAGCGGGCCCUUAAACAAGAGGACUUAUGUAUAAUAGCAAUGGAAGUGCCAAACUUGCCAGAAGGAAAUCCUGUAGCUGGUAUUUGGCCUGUAGCUACAAUAAAUAUGUAUAUAGAGUGGAGGGCCUCAAAAAUAAAGUUCUGUGGUUUUAGUUUUGAGCUGCUCUCAGUGUAGUUCCUGAAAAGAAUCUCAGAUUGGGUGCUGUCCCACCAGAGUCGAGGGGAGCAGGCACCUCUCUGAGCACUCCCAGGCAGAGCUGACACAAGACAGCGYGAGAAGGGCAGGUGUCCACUUUGGCUGUUCACUGUUGCUCAGAUCUCUUAUUUUUUACUGAAKUUAUAUAUACAGAUGGAAAUAGUUUCACAUUAAACCUAUACAGAUUCCUUGUCUUAAUAGUUCAGUACCUGGAAAGUAAAUUCUGCAUCCAUGACUUGGCUCUGACAGGAAAGUCUCCUACAUAGAUACUUUAUCCCUUUCAUACAGAGGAGUAAGGGWUCCCACCCCCAUACUAUGAGGGGAUGGAACAAAUAAGUCACAGAGCGAUAGAAAUACCUGAUUUAGAUUCUAACUACCAUUUGAGGCAAGAAUUAAAAUUUUAUACUCUCAGAGAAAGGAAAAAAAGGUUUUMGUUAAAUGCAGCACUAUACAAAUACAUGUUAAAUACUUCCGAGUCUUGGCUGGUAGAACCCYGGCCGGUGCUGCCCCACACACUGCUGAUUUAGCAGAGGAACCUGCCCCUAGUCUGAGAAUCCCUGAAUUACUCUAUUUGCUGUAGUUACCCUCCCAGGGAGCUGGCCGGGGGAAGCCUCCUUAUGUAGUGCAAGCCGGAGGUUUAUAGUCACUGGUGGUUUGCCUAAAAAUGCAGCACCUCCAUCUCCAUGUGGACUGAGCCUAAAUACAUUUAUCAGAAUACUGAAACUUGCUGCAAGGCAGACUGUAUUCCUCACAAGCUCUAUCAUGUUAUUGGUGGCAGUGGGAGACCUUUGUAUAAUUAAAAACAACCACAACCGCUAACCACAAAACCAAAGAAAGGUGAUUGUUGUGCCUCAUAUUUUUUUCUUUCUGUAUUUUAACGUCUACCAUUUUUACUGACAACUCUAAAACUGAUGUAGCAUCAAAGAUCAUGCAGCUCAUUGUCAUUGGAAAACCAACUCUCCUCUUUGGAUCAAAGCGUUCUUCUCUCCUGCUCUGCUGCUGCGUCUCCCCAGAUACUUCUCAUAUAUCUGAAGAAGGAAGCAAGACGGGCAGUUGCGCUGAAACAACUCAAAUCCAUCCUAAGACUUGGAAAUGUUAACUUUAACUAAGUUAAAGUUAACUUUAACCUGUUAACUCUAACUAGGUGUAGUGAAGACUGUAUACAGGCAGACAGUUUUUUUUUCCCAACAGAGACUUAACACGCAUGGAAAUGACAGGCUAAUGCAAACGAAGCAGCUGACCACUGUGCCUGGACAGGAACAGGAAUUCCAACUGAGCCGUCUUACACAGUGCGUCCCAGCAGCUAAAGCUAAAUUCAAAGCCUGGGGUUGACCUGGAAGGAACUAAAAGAAAGGACUGCAGAUACUAAAAUGGACACA